AUGGAGAAGACAACAUCUAAGGCAGCUAUUUUCAUCGUCUUCUUGGUCAUUGCAUCUUGUGUACCAUUCUUCUCGGAAGCCAUGGUGAUUAAGCGAAGAUGCUCUACUACCGCUGACUGCGAAACGUUUCCCUGUUACUCAAAAGAGUUUAAAAAGAUUUGCAUUGACAACUUGUGCGAAUGCAAAAUACCGAAUAGUGAUGCCUCCGCCCAGACAAAUGAAAAUGAAAGACCAUGUUCCAGUCAGGAGGACUGCGACAAAAUUGAUUUCCUAUGUCGAUCGGGAACCCUCAAAUGUGUUAAUGGGAAAUGCAUAUGCGUAGGCGUGAAUUGA